AAAUCGUAGUUUAUGGAAAAGAAGAAGAGAAAGUAUGUUUGUACGUCUUUUUCGAACAUCAAUUUUUGAUUCAGUUUUAAGUUUUGCGGUUGAUAAUACAGUAAUAUAAAUAACGAAACAUAAAUAUUUGCUUGUUUUUUAUAAGUUUUAAUUGUGUUAUAACACAUUUCAAAAUGUCUCUAUCAGAAGAUGAUACAGUUAUGGGGCCUAUAGAUAACGCAUGGCAAAUGAAAAUUCCACAGUUCAAACCAGAAGAUAACCCUCAUGGAUUACUAGAAGAAAGUAGUUUUGCCACGUUAUUUCCUCAAUACCGAGAACAGUAUAUACGCGAAAUAUGGCCAUUAGUUAAAAAAACUUUAGGAGAACAUCAUAUUAAAGCUGAAUUGGAUGUUGUAGAAGGUAGUAUGACAGUUAGUACAACCAGAAAAACCUGGGAUCCUUAUAUUAUCAUUAAAGCUAGAGAUAUGAUAAAAUUAAUAUCUCGAAGUGUGCCUUAUGAACAAGCAAAACGUGUGCUGCAAGAUGAUAUUGGUUGUGAUAUAAUAAAAAUAGGAAAAAUCACAAGAAAUAAAGAGAAAUUUGUUAAACGACGUCAAAGAUUGAUAGGGCCAAAUGGUUCUACUUUAAAGUCAAUAGAGAUAUUAACUAAUUGUUAUGUUUUGGUGCAAGGACAGACUGUAUCAGCUUUAGGGCCUUACAAGGGAUUACAGCAAGUAAGGAAAAUUGUGGAAGAUACAAUGAAAAAUAUACACCCCAUUUACAAUAUUAAAGCUUUAAUGAUAAAAAGGGAACUUGCUAAAGAUCCAAAAUUGAAAAAUGAAAAUUGGGAACGAUUUCUACCCAAAUUUGUUAAUCAAAACAUUAGUAAACGUAAACAACCUAAGAAUAAGAAACAAAAGAAACCAUACACACCUUUUCCACCACAGCAGCAAGAAAGUAAAAUUGAUAAAGAAUUAGCUACUGGUGAAUAUUUUCUUAAUAAAACUCAGAAGAAAGACAAAAAGAAGAAAGAAAAAGAUGAUAAACAUGCUGAAGCUGCCAAGAAAAGGGAAGAAAAAAGAAAUCAAGCUUUUAUUCCUCCAGAAGAACCAAUUCCAUCAAGCUCCCAACCUAGUUCAAGUAGUAAAGUAGAUAUAACGGCAUUGAAAGAAAAAAUUAUGAAAGCUAGAAAAGGUUCAAAGAUAUUUAAUAAAAAAUAAUGAUAACAAACUAUUUCGUGUUUUUAUACUCUUGUAUUUAUUUCUAUCAAUAUGAUAAAAUCUACUUGUAAAUGAGGCAUACACAGAUGAUGUCAUUUGAAUAGAAUAUUGGGAAAAAUUAAUAUUCCUUAGAUGUGCUAUAAUUUUCUUUGCUUAUAUAUUUAUCGCUUGCAUUUAUUCUUGUAGUAUUUUGUUGUAUAUUUUACUAAUUAUUAACCUAGUUAACUUAAAAAAUCACUCAAAUUGUCAAUACCUCAUGUAGAAGUGUUUUUUCAAAAUAGUUUUUGAGCUCAUAUUUUUAUAUGGUGAUACAUACAAUCUUGAUGCGAAUUUGUUUAUUUACACUACCCUAUAGCCCGAGGACCAAAUAAAAGGUGGGAAAGACAUACAUUAGAGUUAACAAUUGAAGAAUUAAAGUUUUCUGGCUGAACAUUUUCUCUCUUUGCACUCUGGAAGCUCCACCUUUCCAUGAGAUAUUUGUUCUACUGUAAUAGUGAAAGCGACUUUGGUGCUCUUUUCUUUUAACGAGGAUAAAUAUAGUAGAUAUAUGAGGAUGGUCCCAACAAGAAAAACAAAAAUCUUGGAAAAAAAUAUAUUUUUUAAUGUAAUCUCCUUUUAGCUCUAUACAUUUUCCCAGUGAAGUUUAAUAAGAAAAUUGUUGAAAUUCUUUGAUCACCGAGCCGUUUUUGCAAGUCUGGGAAUAGAAGAUAAUUAAUCCAAGGGGGCAAAUCUGGCAAAUAGGGUGCAUGAGGUAGCAAUUCAAACUUUAUUUCAUUAAUUUUGGCCAUUACAAUAAGGGAUGUGUGAGCUGGUGCAUUGUCUCGAUGAAAUAAUUCUUUAUUCAGGAUAGUCAAUGAAAAUUAUCCCAUGCACAUCCCAAAAAAACGCCAUGACCUUGCCUGUAGAUGGAAUGGUCUUUGCCUUGUUUGAAGCCUUUUUCAGUUAAUUGUUUUGAUUGUUAUUUUGUUUCGAAUGCGAAGUGCUUAUGAAACAGUGCAAAAAUUCUUUUUUCUUCAACAUUUCUGGAGUCCUCACUUCAUUUGGUCGACCACUACGAUGUUGGAUAUUGCAAAAUCACUUGGAGAUAUUUAUUAUGAGAGUUCCAGCUUCUGCUACUUGCUUAAAAAGUUCUAAUACAUUGUUUAGGUAUAAUUUCACCAUUUAGAUCUAUUAAAACUUUUGAAUGGCAUAUUGUUUGGCAAAAUCACUUUUGAAUAAUCUAAAAACUGAAAUAUUUUCAAUUAAUAUCCAGGAGUAGGACUAUACCAACGAUACGAAGUGGACGAAUACAAUUUAAGAAUGAGUUCUUUGCAUUUACUAAGUAGUUAGGUUAGGCAACGGCAACAACGAAGCGAACUCGCUCACCACUUUGAGAUCUGGAAAUCCGCCAAUAGGCUCAGAACUCAUUCUUGAUGUACGGCGCCUUCUGCCUUUCUUGCCAAACUUAAAUAGGUGGACAUGGUCAUCUAUGACCCCACCUCCACACUUAACCGAAAUAAUAAAUUGAUUUCAUUCAGUAUUUUCACUCUGUACGAUUUGUAACGUUCAUAAUUUGUGAAUUAUGUUAUUAUAAAUAUAUAAAAUGUUUUUGUAAGAGACAAUCCCUUAUGAUAAAUGUGAUAUAAUUUAUUUUCUUAAGAUAUAAAGGUGAGUUUUUCUACAACAAGGUUUCUAAGUCAUAGAUAGUUCUUAAUUCAUAGAGUUACUAAUUUUUCUAUGUAUAAGAGAGUUUGAAAUAUUUCUGAUAGAUGGCGGUAGCUAAGCGGUUUGCAUUAAUGCUUGAGUCAAAACCACUUAAGCCUCUUAUUUUUGAACAAACAUCAGUAACAUAUGGAUUUAAGGGAAGGUGGGGGAUAAAUUUUAAAUAUUCUCAAACUUACAGCAAAUCUUGUUGGGGAGGAAUAACUUUUUUGGUCAGGUUAAGUUAUUGUAUACAUACACUAUGAGUACUUUGGACGACCCGGAGUGCCCUGGUGCAUGUAGGACGAAGAAACCUAUCAACUUGACCUAACUAUCAAUACUAAAUUUUUCCACCAAUGAGAUUUCUUCCGCGAAAAAUAAUUUUAGUAGGAAAAAUUUCUUUGGCAGGAAAUUUCCCAGUAUUUGCAUUUAUUUCAUUAUUAUAACUGGCAGCGUGGUGGCCAAUACUCGAUGUUCGGUCCAAUGAUAUUUUAUAUAAGUGCCAUAUUUGAUACUUUGGUAUUAACCCAACAAUUGUUUCGAUGUAGAGCUAGAUUUAUAAAUCAAUUUUGAGCCCACUCUGUUUAAUUCAUUCCAAUCUCUAUGUAUAAACAAGAUUUAAAGGUACCGAAGCAAAUUUUUCUUGUUCUUCAUUUUAAUUUUCGUUGACAACCAGGUAAUAACAAAGAUAACCAAAUUACCACUUCAACUGAGUUGGAAUUUCUGGAACCGUUGGUGAUAUUCAAACUGAACACACUAUUUACACUAUACUAAUAGUAUUAUUGUUCGCGGGAGAAGGUUUAUUGGUAGGAAAAUUUAGUGUAAAAUAGGUAAAUCCAGUUAAUAGGUUUUAGUUUGCUGCAAUCUCUGAAGACGAUAACUUGGUUAUCGAAACACGCAUCAGAUAGUGUGUUCAGUAUGCAUUUACUAGGUAAUGGGGUUUCUACGUUUUACAAGCUGUAAACUUAAUCUAACUGAAACACUGCUUUACAUUAACAUAUUUUAUUACAAAAAUUGUUAAAUGAAUCGGUAAAAUUACAUUUAGCCUUGUGUUACCUCCAAGAUUAUAAAAUGUAAUUAUAAUAAUAAAAUAUAUUUUUUCCAUUGCGAAUUUUCUUCUCUUUCUACAAUAAAGAUUUAGUUUUAACAACCAUUUUGAAAGUAAUGAUAUUAUCAAGUAAUUAUGCUGUUAGUAAAUGGAUUAUAUCAAACUGAAAUACAGUUUGAACAUAGAAAAUUAAUGUUUUUUUUUUAAUAUUAUUGCAUAUAAUGUUUUACUCAACUUUUCAACUUAUAUUUUCUAGAUGUAUUACAAGAAAUCACGUUUCAAAAAGGUUGCUUCAUCUAUGGGUAUGGAAACUUAUCAAUCAAUCAACUAAUCUCUUUAAUUCUGUUUUUUUUAUUUAAUCCUACUACGUCCGAUAUAUUUUUAAGCCGCUAUAGUUAAAUAACAAUCUUAAAUCUUUAUUUUUUUUAAUGUGCAACUCCACUAUAUUUAUCAAUUCUUCACAAGACCGACACCAAGAUCAAAAUUCCAAAUUUUUAAAUGAUUAUCGAUUUUUCUCAAAUUUCACCAUAAAUCAUCUUCUUUUCGAGCCAUUUGCGGUUUUAUUUUAAUUGUUCGUAGUGAACUAUGCGAUUUGGCUUUGAAAAAAAAAAUGAAUAAAUAAAAUCGAGGAGAUAUUUUGAAAAUCAACGACUAAAUUCUUUGUACAUGGCAUUAGUUUUGUCGCCCAAAUUUGAGGACUCACCAAAAUAGUGUAGCAAUUGGAGAUGAUGUGGAUUUAGCGGUUAUAAACAGAGUGAAGUGUGCUAGCUUGAAAAAUUUAGAAGUUUGUUCGUGGUAGCUGCACAGGCAGAACUAGUGUGCACUAAAGCGUUCUUUGUAGCAGAACCAGCGCUAGUGUCGCUGUUCUUAGUAGCAGUGCAAGAGAACUAGUUCACCCAGUUCACUGUACUGCUUGCACCAUACUGUUAGAAAAUAGAAAUCUAUAUAAAUAUAAAAUAAAGGUGAAGACACAGUUGUCAAACCCCAUAAUAGAUGGCAGAAAAAUAAUAUAGUUGGGUUUUGAAGGUUAAAAAAGGUUAGAGAGAAGCUGAAGAUUCUAGAUUCUAGCAGCACCUUUUUUUUAAGUGAAAGAUGUUAUACCAUAUUUCAAUUUUUCAUUUAUUUGUUAAUGAAUUUAUUCAUUAUAAUUAGUUCCUGUAUACAAGUGCUGGUGGUUUUAUUUGGAUGCUGGUAUGGAGAUUCAAGAAAUAUAACAAUAAAAUAAAAUAAAAACUCAACAAGUACUACAAGGCCUGAAUCACCUAACCUCAAAUAUAACAAUCAACAAUUGCUCCAUUGCUGUCUGCACUAUAUCGUUCUUUGUAUCCGAUCCGAACUCUUAUGAAAUGGCCUGCACUAGUAUAGUUCCAGUGGAGCUACCAGGAACAAACUUCCAGUGCAAGCAGUAAAGUGAACUGGGUGAAUUAGUUCUCUUGCACUGCUACUAAAAACAGCGACACUAGCACUGGUUCUGCUACAAAGAACGCUUUAGUGUACACUAGUUCUGCCAGUGCAGCUACCAAGAACAAACCUUAUGUCUAGAGUCAGUUCAGCCAGUGCAGUGCAAGAUUGUGUAAUAAGUGUAAUUUGUAAACGUUGUUAAUAUAAAAUAAUGAACAAUGGGAAAGUUAUGUCAAGAAAAAGUUGCCCAGUUGGACGAAAAUUAAAAAGUAAAGGAUUUGAAAUGUCCCACCUCACCUUCUUUUUUAGACCAAUAGUUUCUAUAACAACAACAGUUGUGACAUUCGAAUAAGAAUUUAAUUAAGGCACUGUUUUUAAAAUUUUUCCAAUUAAACGGACACUUUUUGAUAUACUGAGAUGAUUCCCCUUAGCUUUACAUUCCAUAACCGUAUCUAAACAAACAUAACCUUAUUUAUAUUCAAUUUGUACGAUUUUAGAUCAGUGGUAUGUAUAAGGGUAGAUUUCUAAUACAAUUUCGUAUGUAAAGUGGAAACACAACACACAGGCAUACUAGAAACAAUAGAUGCUUUCCAUUUACACCAAAACUCAGAUUAUUCUCACUUAUGACGUCAUAGUUCAAUGCAUGUUCCUUUUCAGAAUCAUAAGUGAUACAGAGAGAAGAGUUUUUACCCGUAAUCUGCACAAGCUUGAGACCGUGUGCUUUAGUGAGUUUUGUGAACUCAGCCAGUGUUCCCAACUCUCAAUAAUUUAUCUCCCUAAAUCCCUAAGAUUAUCACAAUUACUAGGGCUCCCCUAAAUAUUUUUACAUAAAUAAUAAAAUAUCGUCAAACGAAUAAUAAAUUUCAAACAAUUAAUAAGAUAAUUUCAUUCAGCAAUAUCAUUUUUUUUAUAUUCUUUGUUCAUAAAUUAUCGAAAAUUUCAAGUAACGAAUCAUUUUCUGCAGAUUCUGAUUGUUUAAAAUCAUUCAUAUUGACAUUGAAUAAUAUCAACAUAAUUGCGUAUUGUUGAAAUAUUGUG